UCGUGGAAAGAGAGUGAACGGAAGUUAUAUAUUACGAUCCUGGGGAGGAAGACAAAGAGUUGCAGAGAAAGAGAUCGAGAAUCCAUAGACAAAGAUGAGAGAAAUCAUUAGUGUUCACAUUGGUCAGGCUGGAAUUCAGGUCGGCAAUUCUUGCUGGGAGUUAUACUGUCUCGAGCAUGGAAUUCAGCCUGAUGGCAUCAUGCCUAGUGACGAAUCAGUUGGUAUUGCCCAAGAUUCAUUCAAUACUUUCUUUAGCGAAACCAGUUUGGGGAAGCAUGUACCCAGAGCAGUAUUUGUUGAUCUUGAGCCCACUGUGAUUGAUGAAAUUAGAACUGGGACUUACAGACAAUUGUUUCACCCCGAACAACUUAUUUCAGGCAAGGAAGAUGCUGCUAACAAUUUUGCUAGAGGGCACUACACAGUUGGCAAGGAUAUUGUUGACGUAUGCCUAGACAGAGUGAGAAAGUUAGCUGAUAAUUGCACUGGUCUUCAAGGAUUUCUGGUCUUUAAUGCUGUUGGUGGAGGAACUGGAUCUGGGUUAGGGUCAUUGCUUCUUGAACGCUUAUCUGUAGAUUAUGGGAAAAAAUCCAAACUUGGUUUUACAAUUUAUCCUUCUCCUCAGGUCUCAACUGCUGUUGUGGAGCCUUAUAACAGUGUGUUAUCUACUCAUGCACUCUUAGAGCACACUGAUGUAUCCAUCCUUUUGGAUAAUGAAGCCAUUUACGAUAUCUGCAGGAAAUCGUUAGACAUUGAAAGACCAACUUACACAAACUUGAACCGCCUGAUAUCCCAAGUCAUUUCAUCUUUGACAACUUCUUUAAGGUUUGAUGGAGCUAUUAACGUUGACAUAACUGAAUUCCAGACCAACCUUGUACCAUAUCCUCGAAUCCAUUUCAUGCUUUCAUCUUUGGCACCUGUGAUAUCAUCUGCAAAAGCUUACCAUGAACAACUAUCUGUACCCGAAAUCACGAAUGCUGUAUUUGAACCCUCUAGUAUGAUGGCUAAAUGUGACCCGAGGCAUGGAAAAUACAUGGCUUGUUGCUUGAUGUACCGUGGAGAUGUUGUGCCCAAGGAUGUUAACGCUGCUGUAGCCACAAUCAAGACUAAACGUACAGUUCAAUUUGUUGACUGGUGUCCAACAGGAUUCAAAUGUGGUAUUAAUUACCAGGCUCCUAGUGUUGUGCCUGGGGGAGAUCUGGCAAAGGUUCAGCGUGCUGUUUGUAUGAUAAGUAACAACACGGCGGUUGCUGAAGUGUUUUCAAGAAUUGACCACAAAUUUGAUUUGAUGUAUGCGAAGAGAGCAUUUGUGCAUUGGUAUGUGGGAGAAGGGAUGGAGGAAGGGGAGUUUUCGGAGGCGCGUGAAGAUCUUGCUGCGCUCGAGAAAGAUUAUGAGGAGGUUGGUGCAGAAGGUGGUGAACUAGAAGAUGAUGAUGAUCAGGGCGAAGACUAUUGAAUCCAAAUCAAAUUAAUAAUAAUGAAAACUAGAGCUUUUGAAUCUCAAAAUAGGAAAAUACUUGUUUGUUUGUUUAUUGUUGUGGUUUAAAAUUGGUGUAUUGAUCCAGGUUCUUCCUGGCAUGACCUAUUUUCUAUAGCACUUUGGCUUAUUGAGAUGA